CCUCCCCGCCGGGGCGCGCUGCCCGCAGCUCCGCGCGCGCCGGGGCGGCACCGGGGAGGGCGUGCGGCGCGGGCAGCGGCCGGAGAGGAGCUCGGGGCGGCGGAGGUGAUGACCGCGGCGGCAUGGAGUUCCCGGAGCACGGCGGGCGGCUGCUGGGCCGCCUGAGGCAGCAGCGUGAGCUGGGCUUCCUGUGCGACUGCACCGUGCUGGUGGGCGACGCGCGCUUCCCGGCCCACCGCGCCGUGCUGGCCGCGUGCAGCGUCUACUUCCAUCUCUUCUACAGGGACCGGCCCGCGGGCAGCCGCGACACGGUGCGGCUCAACGGCGACAUCGUCACGGCGCCCGCCUUCGGCCGUCUGCUGGACUUCAUGUACCAGGGCCGCCUGGACCUGCGCAGCCUGCCCAUCGAGGACGUCCUGGCCGCGGCCAGCUACCUGCACAUGUACGACAUCGUCAAGGUCUGCAAGAACAGGCUCCGGGAGAAGGAGCGCGCGCUGCCCCUGGAGACGCCUGCCCCUGGGACAGAGCUGCCUGGCCAGCCCCCAGGCCCCUUGUCUGCCUGGUCCCCUGCACUCUGUCCAGCCGCCCAGAAGGCCAGGCUCCCUCCCGCUGGGGUCAAGACCACCCGCCCUCCACUGGCACUGGGGCCUCCCCCCUGGCAGGCUCCUGGAGAGUCAGACCGGGCCCUGGACCUGUCGCUGAAGCCUGGCCCGAGGCGGGAGCCAAUCCGCCCACCCUGCGUCCUCCAGACACCCCCUUGCAGCCGGAUGCAGCCAGGGGCCCAGCCGAUCGUGAAGGACGAGUCAGACUCACUGUCCGAGCAAGAGGACAGCAGAAGCCCUCGGUGCCCCCACAGCCCCCUGCAGCCGCCCUGUGUUCCUGCAGCCCAGCGCCUGGCCGGGGGCUUGGAGCCGCUGCCGGUCAGCGAGGUGGGCAGUGGGGAAGUGGAGCUGGAGGCAGAGCCGGGGGCGAUCGAGGACGUGUUGCGGCCGGGCAGGCGCCUCUGCCUCUGCCCGCUGUGCGGCAAGCUGUUCUCCAGCGCCCAGGUGCUGCAGCUACACCUCAGCGCCCACUUCCGCGAGCGGGACGGCGGCCGCGCCCGGCUCUCACCCGACGGCUCAGCGCCCACCUGCCCGCUCUGCAGGAAGACCUUCUCCUGCACUUACACGCUGAAGAGGCACGAGCGCACGCACUCGGGCGAGAAGCCCUACACGUGUGUGCAGUGCGGCAAGAGCUUCCAGUACUCGCAUAACCUGAGCCGCCACGCCGUGGUGCACACGCGCGAGAAACCCCACGCCUGCCGCUGGUGCGAGCGCCGCUUCACGCAGUCGGGGGACCUCUACCGCCACGUCCGCAAGUUCCACUGUGGCCUGGUCAAGUCCCUGCUGGUGUGACCUUCGCUGCAGGGGUGAGGGUGGAGGGAGGGGCGGAUGGAGUGCGAGGGGCCGGAGCUCAGCAGGCGAAGCCCCUGAGGCUGGGCCCGCCGCGGGGCGGGGGGAAAGAACCCUGCUGCCCUGGGAAUGCGGCCUCAGACUUGGGCCGACUGGGAGCCCCACGGACAGCCCUUCUCCGGCCUUGUGCCUCCGCCAGCUCCCUCCUGCUCCCGGGCGCGCCCUGACCGGACACCGUCGUCCUCUCCGUCCCCUCAGCCAGUCCCGAGGAGUGUCCCCAGCUCGAGGAGGCCCAUUGAGCCUCCACCCGGGGCUUUCCUGACCAGCUCCCCAGCGGGCUCAGGGGUGCCCCGUGAGCCUGGCACCACGCUCGGUGACGGAUGCACGCUCACAGAUGCUGCCCGUGGGAGUCCCGACAGGGAGCUCUGAUGGAACAGGCUGCUCCUGGUGGGCGCCGGUGGAAGCCCCUGCAGGGGAGGCCCCGGGCGCAGCGAGAGCCAGCAGGGCACAGCUGGUGUGACGGGGGUGCAGGCCCCAGGACGGCAGGAGGAGAACCAGCCAGACGCCGCGAGGCUCCAGAGUUACAGGCGCUGGGGUGGGAGGUAGGCCCUCCAGAGCUUUCGGCCCUGACCGCAGCGUAUCACAGGCAGAGGAAGUGGGGAUUUGGAACCGAUUGUCUCUCGAUACAGAAGGAGCCUCCGGAGGCUGCCGGGUGUCUGCCCGUGGGUGACGGGCCGUGCCGCUCCCCUACCUGAGCACAGGGUCCAGGGCGCCUCCGAGCCUCCCCAGGGUGGGACCGAGGGGGCUGGGAACGCAGCCACCCGCCUUGAGUAUCGCAGGUCAACGGUAGGCCUGACCUUGAAGGUCACUUCUCCGCCUCCUCGGGGUCUCCCUGGAGCUGCUGGUCAUUUCCAGAGCACUGAGCAGGGGGGCUGAAGGCUGCUCUCUUUACCAGGAGCCGUGUUUUGCAGCGUUUCCCUUCCCUACGUCCCCACGGCGGGGCCUGGCUGAAAGCAGCCGGCUCGCGAGGAGGGGCGGGGGUGGGGGGCCCUCUGGGCGGAUGCUCCUAAAACGCAAAA